AUGUCCAUUACAAUGUUUCAUGAAAAUAUUUCUAAGAACCAUCCAACAUAUCAGCCUGAGAAGGGUAGAUAUUGGCUCUAUUUAUCUGCUGGCUGUCCUUUUGCUCAACGUAUCUGGAUUACUAGAGCAUUGAAAAACUUAACGAACGUUAUUGGUGUCAGUGUGGUCCAUUGGAAAUUGGAUGAACAGAAAGGUUGGAAACUGUUAGAUGAUAGAGGUACUGAUUUAGGGGACAACGCUUAUACGAUUGAUGGUGGUAUUUUGUGCUCCAAAGAUGAUACCUCCUCUCCUUUGGGUGAUAUUGAUGUCUCCAGCAGUAGAUUAUUUAGGGAUGGCACUUUUGACCCUCAUUAUGGUGUCACACAAAUUAAAGAGCUUUAUGAUAUGACAAACAAAGCCUACAAGGGAGAAUACAUGUGGCCUAUUUUGUGGGAUUUGAAAACCAAAACUAUUGUUAACAACGAUUGGGAUCAAAUUCCGGAAAUUUUAAAUACAGCAUUUAAUGAUUUUGACGAAACGAAGGAUACUAUUGAUAUAAUUCCUGACCAGCUAUCAUCGGAAAUAAAAGAUUACAACAGUUGGUUAUUUACCCACAUUAAUGAUGCCGUUUAUAAUGUCGGCUUAGCAGAAAAGCAAACAGUUUACGAAGGAAAUUUAGUCAACUUCUUCGAAGAUAUGGAUAAAAUUGAAAGAAGGUUAAAGGGUGUUCACGACGAAUUGGUAAAGGAUUAUGGUGCUUCAAAUGAGGAUAAAAUUCUUAAAAAGUUUUUCUUGUUUGGUAACCAAAUCACUGAAAGCGACAUUAGAUUAUUUGUUACUAUGAUUCGGUUUGACUCUAUCUACGCUGUUCAUUUUAAACUAAACUACAGACUGGUCAGAGACGACUACUAUUAUAUUCAUUUAUGGAUGAGAAACUUGUACUGGAAUUAUCCUGCCUUCAGAAAUACCACCAAUUUUAAUCAUAUUAAACUUCUCUACACUCAUGCUAUGAGGAACCUCAACCCUAACGGUAUUGUCCCACUGGGCCCUGAAUACGAUAUUUUGAAGUUGUAG